AAUUUGCAUACGAUCGCUACCUCAAAAAGUUAGGCACUGAAUUGAAGGUGUUUUUUCGUACAAAAAGCUGUCUCUUCAGUGGUGUUGGAAUAUAUGACGAAUUACCAAUCAGGUGAAACUUUCAUAGAGAAGACAUUUGAAAAGAACACUGGCGUGACAUACACAAACUUAUCGUAACUUUGCAGACGACAAUGAAUUGCUUUGGCAUGGAGACUUAAAUGUGUGACUUCUGUUCAAACACAUUUCUUUGAAUGUAUCUCACUCAGGUUCGAAACCAGAUUCCUGACUACGAUUAAAAGUGCAUUGUUGACAAAAUACUUUCGUAGAUAUGUUUCAUUAAAUUUCUACGUGAGGUUUCUUGUUCGAAUUCGUCACGAUAUAUCAACAAAGAAGAUUUAGUGGUGCUAGAAAGUUGUUUAUCAGUUGUGACGGAUAAGACUUGGAGAAAUGCAGAGCUCCGAAGCUGUGAAAAGUGUUUUUCAGGAUACUCAUUUGUUAUCUACAAGUCUAAAUCGACCAGAACCUACGCGAUAUACCAAAACAACAACUAAUCAGCGACCAAGACCUGUGUCAGCGCCCCCUGCCAGUCAGCAACCUCGUUGGAGACACCCAAACUCACCUGAACCGAAAAGGGCAAGAAAGUUCCAUGUGAGCCUGUACCACACCCCAUUUGAGAGCAAGACAAGUAAAAAGGCUCCCUUUGCUCCAAGAGCUACAAUUGGCGGCAGUUCCACUCUGCGUGGAAAAGACUUUUCUCCAGCAACAUAUAAUUCUCUAAGUGACCCUCAUUUGAACCCAUACUUUUCUAGAAAGUUUGGAAAAAGUGCAUCUUUGAGGGAGUCAGGACCAUCUAAAACAAGGGGAAGACGAAGUACCAGUGGAAAGACAAAGAAAAAAGGUGGAGUUACAUUCAAAACUGUAGUGAAAACUGGAGCCAAGAGAAAUGGUGGCACAGAUGCAAAGGUUUUUGCAGAAUUUCGGGGAACAAAAGGCAAGUUUACCAGACAACUCACUCACCAAAUGGAUUCUGCUGUACCAUCAGCCUUUAUAGCAACAUUGCCACCAUUCCAAUUCCACUCAGGAAGCACUGAGACUUUUACUGUGAAGGGACCUGAUAUUGGUGACCUUAUACAACUUAUUAUUCAGCAUGAUGGCCGUGAGCGGAAACAAGGAUGGUUCCUGGAUGAAAUCCAAGUGACAAACCCUCAGAAAUCAAAAUCUUGGACAUUCCCAUGCUAUCAAUGGUUGUCACUGUAUGAGAGUGAUUGUCAAGUAAAACGCUGUUUAAAACCACUGGUGCACAAGAAAGCUGAAAAAGUUGUUUACGUAAUAGAAGUAUACACUGGGGACAAAGCUGGUGCAGGGACAGAUGCUCAUGUGUUUAUUACGUUGUAUGGCAAGAGAGGACAAGCCCCUAAAACACAACUUAUCAGCAGGACUGAUGAUGCUUUUGAAAGGAAGAAAAAAGAUGUUUUCAAAAUCAAAACAACUGACCUUGGAUCCUUGAAGAAGUUAACCGUGGAACACGAUAGUUUUGGUUUUUCUCCAGGAUGGUUUUUGGACAAGAUAAUAGUGUACUGUCGUGAGAGAGAAGAUCAGAAAUUCUAUUUUCCCUGUAAUCAGUGGCUGGCCAAGGAUGAAGGUGACGGAAUGACAAGGAGGCAGCUGACGGCUUCAACAGAUUCUUCAGCUGUAUUUCAAGGCCACCGAUAUCUUGUUCACACGUACACUGGUGACAAGAGAGGAGCUGGAACUGAUGCUAAUGUUGUAAUUACCAUAUUUGGAGAAGAUGGUGACUCAGGGGAGAAGAAGUUGGAUAACGCAAGAAAUAACUUUGAACGUGGAAAGAAAGAUUCCUUUAAGGUCAUUUGUGGAACAAGUCUUGGACGCCUGACCAAGAUAAGAAUUGGACAUGAUAACAGUGGAUUAGGGCCUGGCUGGUUUUUGAACAAGGCAACUGUCGAGGAUCCCAGUACAGGAGAAGCUGUUGAUUUUCCUUGCCGACGCUGGUUUGCUAAAAAUGAAGAUGAUGGUCAAAUCUCACGUGAACUGAUCCGAGCAGACGCCAAAGAUGGUGAUUUAGUUGUUGACAAAGGAAUUCCCUAUCAUAUUCAUGUCACAACUGGAGACGUCAGAAAUGCGUCGACUAAUGCACGUGUUUAUGUCAUCCUUCACGGAGGGGAAGACGGCGAAAACAACAGUGGCAAACUGUGGCUUCAGAAUGAAGAGAAAGACAACUUUCAAAGGGGAAGGACGGACAUUUUUACUGUAGAAACAGCAGAAAUGCUGAGUCCCUUGCAUCAUUUAACCAUUGGUCAUGACAAUAGUGGUCUUGGUGCAGGAUGGCACUGUGAGAAGGUGGUUGUCGACUGCCCCAGCAGUGGAGAUCAGCAAGUAUUUUUGUGUCAGAAGUGGCUGGCCGAUGAUGAAGGAGACCAAUUGAUUGAGAGAGAUCUCUUUGAGUCUGAAGAUAUGAGAUUGAAAAGACGGCCAAAAACUGUGUGGAAUGUCUGGCUAUGGACAAGUGACAUGAGAGGAGCUGGUACAGAUGCUAAUGUGUUUAUGACAUUGUACGGAGACAAAGGCAAGACUGAUGAGGUACCGCUUGGAAAUGCCACUGACAACUUUGAGCAGGGACAGCUUGAUAAGUUUAAGGUUGAACUGACUAGAGUCGGAAAACCAUACAAGCUGAGAAUACGACAUGAUAACUCAAAAGCGUUUUCUGACUGGCAUUUGGAAAAGAUCCAAAUGGAAAAUGUCAAAUCAAGUAUUAAGUGUUCUUACAAGUGCAACCGCUGGCUGUCUAAGAGUGAGGACGACCAUCAGAUUAUUCGUGAACUGCCAGCAAUCAUCCAAGGAAAAGAACCUUUACCUGUGUACGUUUACCAUGUUUAUGUCCACACCGGUGACAAACGAGGCGCUGGUACAAAUGCCAAUAUAUUUUUAAAUAUUUUUGGUGAGUUGGGGGACACCGGUGACAGACCUCUUGAAGAAUCAAACACUAACAGGAACAAAUUUGAUAGAAAUCAGGUGGAUGAGUUCCUUAUCGAAGCAGUGUCACUAAAAACCCUCGAAAAAGUCCGUGUGGGCCAUGAUUCCACUGGACCCGGAUCAGGAUGGUUCCUAGAUAAAGUUGUGAUAAAGGAUCCUGAGGACAACACCAAGGAAUAUGUGUUCCCUUGCAACAGACCAGUUUGUGCUGGAGGCCGUGGACAUUGGAAAGGUUGAAAUGUUGCGUAUCUCGCAUGACAACAAAGGUGGUGCUGCUGGUUGGUUUCUUGAUAACGUCACAGUAGAUAUCCCUUCACGUGGAGAACACGUGGUCUUCCCAUGUCACCGCUGGUUGGCAGAUGAUGAAGACGACGGCAAGAUUGAGAGGGAGUUGUACCCAGGACAACAGACUCAGAGCAACCCAAAAAUCCCUCACGAGGUGACGGUGUACACGGGUGACGUCAGAGGAGCUGGUACCAACGCAAAUGUGUUUCUUGUCAUGUAUGGCGAGAAUGGCAAGUCUGACCAGUUUGACCUGAGAAACAAGUCUGACAACUUCGAGAGAGGCCAGGUUGACAAGUUCAAAGUGGAGUGCGAGGAUAUUGGACAGCUGGUAAAAAUUCGUGUUGGUCAUGAUAACAAUGGAAUGCGCUCAGCCUGGUUCUUAGAGAAGGUUGAAAUUCGCCGCGUGAAGCCCGAAGACAAAGAACCAAGCAAGAAACGAAGGAAUUCUGGGGAGGUUGAAGAGAUGGGUGAUGGAGAUGAACAUAAUUAUCUUUUUGUGUGUAACCGCUGGCUGGCUCGGGACGAAGACGACGGUCAGAUCGUGAGGGAACUGGUGCCCGUGGACUCCAGUGGCAGACCAAGACGCGGCUCGCUUGCAGAAAACACGUACCGUGUCCACGUACACACUGGUGAUGUUUCUAAUGCUGGAACGAAUUCCAAUGUGUUCAUCUGCUUGUAUGGUGAAUUUGGCGAUUCUGGAGAACGAAAGUUGGAUAAAUCUGAAACUCAUAUGGACAAGUUUGAAAGGAAUAAUGAGGACAUAUUUUCGUUCAAUUGCGUCAACCUCGGCCCGCUCAGUAAAGUCAAAGUGUGGCAUGAUAACAGUGGAUUAAAGAGCGCUUGGCAUUUAGACAGGAUCGAGAUCGAGGACAAACUAGCAGAGGAGAAACAUGUAUUUCCUUGUAAUCGGUGGCUUGCAACCAGCGAAGACGACGGCCAGAUUUGUCGCGAACUUGUUAAAGUUGACGAGCGAGCUUUGAAGCUGGAGAGAAAGAGGACUUUGUCCAGAAAAACAAGUGUUAUCUCCAACGUUGAUGGUGUGGAUCUUGAGGCUAAAGCUCGUAUCACGACCUACGAAGUCUCUGUUAGUACUGGUGACGUCAGAGGAGCCGGCACCAAUGCGAAUGUAUAUGUUAUUAUGUACGGAGCAGAAGGGGAUACAGGUAAAGUUCCUCUCAAAACCUCGAAAACGUUCAGAAAUAAAUUUGAGCGUGGCCAAACAGAUGUCUUUACCGUUGAUGCCAAAGUUGGAGAAAUUGAAAAGAUCAGGGUCGGCCAUGACAAUAAAGGUGGAUUUGCUGGUUGGUUCCUGGACAAGGUGAUUAUCGAUGUUCCUUCCCUUGGUCAGAAAGCUGUGUUCCCGUGCGGCCGCUGGCUGGAUAAAGGCAAAGAUGAUGGACAGUUGGAGAGAGAGCUGUUUCCUGGAGUGGACACCGAGGAAGCUUAUUCUCCGUAUGUGCCGUAUGAGAUGACUGUGUUCACAAGUGAUGUGAUGGGAGCUGGCACCUCAGCUCAUGUUUAUAUUGUACUUUACGGCUCUGACGGCUGCACUGAAGAGAUUAUGUUAGCAGACACGUCAAAGAAACAAAAGGAUUCCUUCAAGAGAGGAUCAACUGAUCAGUUUGUUAAGGAGCUCGACAAUGUUGGUGAUGUGAUUGAAAAGAUUCGAAUCGGACACGACAACAAAGGCAUGACCCCUGGUUGGCAUCUUGACAAGGUGGAGGUACGACGCUUGAAAGAUGACGGCGAAUCUUCCACAACUUACACCUUCCCCUGCAAGAGAUGGCUGGCCAAGGAUGAAGACGAUGGAUCUGUUGUGCGGGAGCUGAUUCCUAAUAAGGUUAUCGAAGAAUCUGUAACGGAAGAUGGAGAAGUGGAAACUAAGGAGGUCGAUCAAGAGACGUUGGAACUCCGCAAGUACAAAGUUCAUGUCUUUACUGGUGACGUCAAAGGCGCAGGAACAGAUGCUAAUGUUUUUAUCACCUUAUAUGGUGAAUAUGGUGACACAGGGGAGAGGCAACUUGCUAAGUCAGAGACAUACUCUAAUAAGUUUGAAAGGGGAAAUGAAGAUAUCUUCACCUUGGAAGCCGCCGAACUCGGGAAUGUUUUCAAGGUGAAGCUUCGACACGACAAUGCCAAUUUUAGUCCCUCUUGGUUUGUGGAUCGUGUCGAUGUUCGAGAUUUGGAAACAGACAAACUUUAUCCGUUCGUUUGCGAGAGAUGGCUUUCUAAAAAGAAAGAAGAAGGGAAAAUCCAACGAACGCUUUAUGUAAAGGGCUAUCAGGGCGAACGCUCUACUCUUGGCACAAUGAGUCUGAGAUCUUUGAGCCAAAGCAGCCUCAGUCCCCGACGAAGUAGUCGCGGAAGCCUCGCCAGCAGCCGAGGGUCUCUAGGACGAAGCAACGAAAGUUUACCAACAGCGAACCGAAGUGCGACAGCUGAUGCCAUUUUCAUGGAAGAAUUUGGCCAAGGUGAUAAAGAUGCAGCAGCUGUUCGUGAAGCUAUUGCCUACACCAUCCGCGUGACCACAGGCGACCAAUCAGACGCUGGCACCAAAGCGCAGGCACACAUAGUUUUGAUAGGAAGUGAAGCGGCCACGGAAAAGAUCCCAUUAGCACUGAUUCAGAGAGAUGGGUUCACCCCUGGCCUCACUGAGACGUUUUCAGUGGAAGCUGUAGAUGUUGGAGAAGUGAAGAAAGUUGAGAUAUCCAACAACGGUUACGGAGCGGACAGCGGCUGGUUUGUGAAGGAAGUGGAGGUGGAUGUACCCACUAGUGGUAAGAAAUACUUCUUCCCGUGCAACAGGUGGCUGUCACAGAACAAGGAGGAUGGAAAGGUGGUACGCGUGCUGUCUGCGUCAGAUGAUCAUCUUGUUACUUACAAACCACAUGUGCAAUAUGAGAUAGAGGUGUACACAGGGGACGUUAAGUCAGCUGGAACAGACUCUACCAUAUCCAUGACAAUGUUUGGCACUGAUGGCACCACUCCAGAGUUUGUACUCGAUAAAGACGAGUCGCGGUUUGAACGAGGAGGAGUGGAUCUUAUUAAAAUGGACUUGUAUGAUGUGGGAAAACUGCUUAAAGUCAGGAUCGCAGUCGAUGGUAAAGGCACUCGUCAUGAUUGGUUUUUGGAAAAGAUUAUCAUACGGAACAUGGAGACACAUUGUGUGAGCGUUUUCAAGUCUAACCAGUGGUUUUCCAAAACAGAAGGCGAUGGCAAACUUGUUAAAGAGAUUCCGGCUGAGGUUGACGGAGAGGAAUUACUCAAAAGAACUUCAUAUAAAGUUAACGUGAAGACAGGCGAUGUGCUGGGAGCAGGAACUGAUGCGAACGUGUUCAUGGUGAUAUUUGGAGAACAUGGAGAUAGCGGAGAAUUGGCUUUGAAGAAUUCUGAAACAUACAAAGACAAGUUUGAAAGGAAUCAUACCGACGUGUUUAGCUUCAAAAAUUUCCUAAGUUUGGGUGAACUUACUAAAGUCCGUAUCUGGCACGACAAUAAAUUUCUCAAAGCAAACUGGUUUCUUGAAAGUGUGGAAAUCAUCAACGAAUCCAAUGAUGAAAAAUACUUAUUUCCUUGUAAUCGGUGGCUGGCUAAGGAUAAAGACGACGGAAGCCUGGUACGGGAGCUAACAUGCGCAAAUGCUAAGAAGAGUACCGACUCGCGAGCGCCCACAACCUUUGAACUUACUUUCCUUACAAGUGACAAGCAAAAUGCCGGGACAACCCAGAAUGCUUGGAUCGUACUUGAAGGAGAAGAGAGGAAAUCUCAGGAAUACCCGAUAGAAAACAGCGCAAAGAACAAAGUUCUACGUAGAGGACAAACAGACACAUUUAAAUUUGCGACCAGAAGUCUUGGGAAUCUUACUCACGUGACACUGGGACAUCGAAGACGGCAGGGAUCUGUUGUCAAGGGAACCGGGAAAGAGACUGGUUGGUUCUUACAUGAAGUGAUUGUGACCAACCCUGAGACAGGGGAAAAAUACGUGUUUCCCUGCCGUCAGUGGAUUCCUCUCAGCGAUGACAAGAAUGAUGCAGUUCGUUUAGAGUGCAAGUCAUCAGAGAAACCAAAGUCAGCGACUAUUAGAGACCUUCAACCCGUCCAGUAUCUAAUAGAAGUCUUUACCGCUGACGUAGCACACGCAGGUACGGAUGCCAACGUCUCCAUCCUCUUAUAUGGCGCGAAUGGUGACACUGGGCAGAGACAGCUGACUAAAAAGUUCGUCAACUUGUUCGAGAGAGGAAAAGUGGACGACUUUAAAAUUGAAGCACUGGAUCUUGGUCAGCUUACACGUUUGCGUAUAGAACAUGACAACAAAGGUUUUGGAGCCGGCUGGAUGUUAGAGAAAGUGGACAUCACAAAUCUCACGAGUCAAGAAAAAGUGACUUUUCCCUGCAGUCAGUGGCUUGAUAAGAAGAAAGGAGAUGGGAAAAUCUGUCGAGAUCUGCUCCCACUAACGAAAUGACCUCUGUGAUCCCUUUGCAGCUCUGUCAUUUUUAAAAGUAGUAGUAUUCGUCGUCUCCUGUAAAAAUGACUUCACCUUUCUUCAAGGAAUACCCACAGAAGCAGCAUUGGCGUGAGCUCUCUGUUGGGAUUCUUUGAGAUUUAUGUAAUUAUGUGCUCCUUUUUUGUAAAAACACUUAAAACAGUUAUUUA